UUAAGCAAAACAUAAGUAUGUGGAUCUAGUCUUCUACAAUAAUGGAGUAAAGCAGGGAGCUUAUAGUCUUUUUCAAACUGCAUUUUUUUUUCCAUUUGCUACUGAGUCACUUAGAGAAAUACUCAGAAGUGCAAUUUUAAUCUUACUUUUGUUAAAAUAUUUCCUCCAUGAGGAAAAUUCCACUAAAACAACCAUUUUAACUUGAGUGGGUCUCUGCAAUUCUUGCGUUUGUCCACAAGAUGGCGCUUUCUAUCUAGAAGAGUGAAGUCAUUUGACUUUUUUUUUUUUUUUUUUUAAUUCCUCUUCAUUUUAUUUCCCUCUUAAACUGAUUUAUUCACUCUCAACCAUGAUGGAAAGUAGCCUUUUUUUAUUACUUGAGAUAAACAUUUCACAUACUUUUAUUUUCAAAACCUAAUUUCUCACGGUGCAUUUUAUUAACCUUUUUUUUUAGUGUUGCAAAGCUUCACAAGUUUUCUUUUUUUUUUUGAAAGUCAGUCACUCAAGUUCACCGCUUUUACCUGAGGGAGUAUUUGUGCUUGUUCAGCCCUUCGCCCUGACCUAUGAAUGAUUCAAGCAGGAAAAGUCAACCACCUCCAAGCAUUAACCAGCGCUCGUGUCUGGCACAGGACGGAAAGGUUUGCAGGAAACUCUUUCAAAUCUGCUCCGGAUGAUCAGGUAUGAAGAGAACUGCAGAUGAGGGGAAAACCAGCCACAUUGAAACUGUAAAAGUCAUUUCAAAACUUCAAGAUCAAAAGUUUUUUUAAACAACAAAACGGAUAAAUGCAGGAAUUCUGCAUUGGGAUCCAUUUAUUUUGAUAAUUUAAUGUUUUCUUCCUAUAUCUGCUCCAGUAAAUUUAUCAAAGUUGUCAAGAGGCAACUCAGUUUUUUUUUUUUUUUUUGUAGGGAAUUUCUGCUGAUCUGUUCCCACUCAGCAGGAUGAAUAAUUAAAGGUUCCUCGCUUUGAAUAAGAAAUAAAGGUGACGGCUCAAAAUGUUUCUGGGCUGAAAAGUUAACGAGAGAUAUCAGGAACUUUGACAUGUCAGCAUUUUUUAUUUUUUAGCUGGGUCUAUAAGAAACUUUUAAAGAAGAUCAAAGUUUGGAAUAAACCUGAAACAAAUCAAGAAGUUAAAGGUAUUUAAAUUUAAGUUUACUGAAACCAUGAAGAGUUGUUGAGAAUUAGGGGAUGGAUGGUUCAGAAUCUUGAUGCCACUUUUUCUGGUGGAUGACGACCUUCAAAAAAGUUUAAUAAUACUUACAAAAAUAAUGUAAAAUAAUAAAACCCCGCAUCUGAUGUUCCAAACUUUGUCUGACCCCUGAAAUAGACUCUUUUAGUGUGAAAAACGUUUGUAUUUUUAAAUGAAAUGAUCUUUUCAAAUGUAAUUCUGAAAGUCUGAUUUCCUGCCUUUGAGCAAAAGUCCCAUUAGGAUGAUAAAGAGCAUUUACUGUUGCUAUUUUAUCUCUUUUCUCACCUGAAGAACCCCUUUUAUAAACAGAUCUCCCUCAUUUCCAGAACGUUUGUCUCAAAUCAACAUGACAAACCGGAGUGGGUCGCUCCCGGGCCCCUGCGCACUGGGAGCCCAUUGAGAGCCCCAUCCUCACCUACGCGGACCUUAUAGAGGCGAAAACUGGAGUGGGAGGGGCCAGGCUUUCUUUCCCGCCGCUGGGUGCUGAUAUUUAGGUAUAAGACCCCACGCAGGAAUGUGAUCGCAUCAGAAAAAAAAUCGAGCUUUGUGCGUCUUCUUGUGUGCGUCAAGCCGGAGCCGCUCCAACAUGCAGCAGCAGCUGAUCCUGUACCUGGCGUGUGCGUGGACGCUGUGCGCGGGAUCAGGAGAUUGGUGCUACCAGUCCCAGUUCUCCUGUGAUCAUCAAUGCAAUGCACCAGAAAACUGGGACCACGCCAGCAGGAACUGUGCUGGAAGAUCCCAGUCACCCGUCAACAUCGUCACCAGAAAGACGAUGAAAGACGACCGCCUGACUCCUCUUAAGUUUGAGAACUACCAACAUAUAUUCCGAGGCUUAAUCAAAAACAACGGCCAUUCUGUUCAAGUCGGAGUUUCUCAUCCCAGCACCAUCUCAGGUGGAGGUCUUUCAACCACUUACAAAGCAGUGCAGUUCCACCUGCACUGGGGCAACAACGGAGGACCAGGAUCUGAACACACCAUUGAUGGGGAGCAGUACCCCAUGGAGCUGCACAUCGUCCACAUGAAGAGCCAAUACAGUGACCUGGGGACGGCCCUGAGGGACAAAGAGGGAGUCGCAGUUCUAGGGUUUUUCUAUGAGAUGUCCAACAGCCCGAACCGAAAGUACGAGUCCCUCAUCAAUGCGCUGAGAAACAUCAAACCUACAAAUGGAAACACGACUCUGUCCCCCAUCGCCUUGGCUGAGCUGAUCCCCCCUGAGCAGAAUCUGACCUCCUACUAUCGUUACAAGGGUUCCUUGACCACCCCCGACUGCAGUGAAUCUGUGGUUUGGACCGUGUUCGAGAACCCCAUACCUCUGAGCAUGGAUCAGCUAAAAGCUUUCUCUGAGCUCCGGUUCCAAAACGGGAAGCCCCUGGUGAAGAACUUCAGGCCGCUUCAGCCCCUGAACGGUCGGACCGUCUUCCGCUCCGGAGGCGCAGCGGUUAUGAUCAGCUCUGCCCUCCUCGUGGUGGCCCUCGCCGUGGGGCUUGAAGUGUCCCAACCCAACUAGAGCGAGGCGUCCUGAAAUGCACUGCGACCUUCAUGAACUCCAAAACGUUCUGCAUCAAUCCUCAGCUGAGCCUGGUUUCUAACGUGUUUAUUGCAUGGUCGGUAAGAUGAUAGACCUCGUUGCAGUGCAGGGAUCACCCCCCCCCACCCAUCACUCCUCCCUUAUGUCACAAAUGACAAAGGUGUCCCAGGACGACCUUAUGAACGGUGCUGUAAGGGUAUGAUCAGCAUUCAUGCAUGCGGAGCAGCAAAACAGAUUUCAGCAUUGUGAAUGUUCCAUAAUACCAAACACUGAGGACAGCAGAUCCCUGAGUCAUGCCAUCACUGUUUUAGCUAAACAGCAAGACACCCAACACAUGACUGAAGUACUCAUUAAACCUCAUCCACCUUGUCCAAUGUCAGGCAAAUUUAGUUUCAGUGAAUGCCACAGUGGUCUGUACUCCUGAGCGCUGCAGCCGGCUCCAUGACCAGCGCCGGGCACAUUUUUACCAGAGCAUGGAGUUAUAAAUAAUCCAGCUGAGUCACAAAAGCGCGUAUCAAAGCCAGCGGUCAUAGGAGUCAGUAUUUGGCUUUUCUUUCAGAGUGAAGCUGUUAGUGGAGCCGCUGAGAGCAGGAGGGACGGCGAAUCCACCAGCCGGUGAAUCCAUGACGAACACCUGCAGGGUGUUCUGAGAGGAAGCUGCAGCCUCUGUGCUCACACGGCUGAAGAUGAGCCGAGUCACAAAGAGGCUGACGCUUCAGCUUCAUGGGGGAAAGGGAAAAUGCAACAGCAGAGCGCUUUCAGAAGGGCUCAGUUGCUUCCUGUCUUGAUGUAUCAGAUGUUUAGUACGAGCUACACACCUGCUGGAGUCACAAAGUGAGUCUGCCAGAAUCCUACACACAAACUGAGAUGAUUCGACUGAAUCUCAGAUGCACUGAAUGUUUCUGACUGAAUUCUGCACGGCUCCCCUGUUUAUUCAGAGGAACUUCUAAUGUAUUCCGGUGAGAGAUCUGCACAAUUUCCCGGACAGUUCAGUAUUUGUUUUUUUUUGGUUGUGUCAUCAGGCAUCAAGUAAAAUCUUCAUGCUGCGUCAUUGUACACAUUUAUACAUGUACUAAAUGUUUUAUAUUGAUUUGAAACAUUUAUUGUUAUUUAUAUAGACAAAGUUUAUACAGAAUGCAAAUGUGUGAAGCAUGACAUCAUUCAAGAGUUACUUAUGACCUUCAAGUACAUGAGAUGCCAAGUUGUAAAGCUUGAAACUGUCAUUGUCGAUAUAGAGAAUGUGUUCCAAGUAAACAAUAAACUGUAUGCUUUUUUUUUUAAA